GUCUUUCCGGCCAUUUUUUUUUUAAUCUAAUGAUGAGUCUUAUCACGGUAGGGUUGUCUUACUUAAAAACGAAACAUUGUGUGAUGAAGGACAGCAUUAAGGCUCCUUUUUUUAGGCUUUCUUACUGCAGACUGAGGUUAUAAAAGUGCUCAUCAAUCCGGAAGAACAGAAUAGACCAGAUUUUUUUUUGGAGUAUCAACAAAUUUAAUUUUACAAUUACUGUAUUAAUACAAAAGAAUAUCAGUUGGCCAAUAGGUUCCUUUCUUUCAAUCUACGGCUCAACAAUUUAGCUGCAUCUUUGGAAAGGCCCAAAUCCCAAGUCAAAUCAUUAAGUUCAACUCGAGAGAAGGGCUGAGGUGCAUUACCCACAGUGAAGUUAUAUUUGAUGUCAGCCUCGGAAACUUCUGAAUGUUCCGAAUCUGAAGACUCUGAAGGCUCUGAAGAGAUGACUGGUGGCAAUUGAAUUGGAGGAAAAGGUACUGGCACGUCAAUUCCAUGAGGAACGGGACGUAUGACCGAUGAAAUGUAAUCAGGAUAAGUGAUUAGCCUUUGAUUUUUGCGAUUGUACCCAAAGGCAUGACAGGAACAAAAGUAACAAUCAUCAGGAUGUUUUUCCGGCUUACUCCAUAUCAUAGGAAUUCCAAAUCGUAAAGCAGUCCUUUUUCCCUUGUACCAUGAGAUUAAAUCAUUAAAACAAACCUUACAAACUUUAUGAGGAGCCCAUGAUUUGUCCUGAUUACAAACUUUCAUGCCAAAAUACGCAAGAUAGAGUUGUUUUACAUAGUAUGUUAUUCUCGUCAAACUUUGUUUAACAGCACAAUACUUUCCGCAUAUGUAGCAAAACUUAUCUGAAAAAUUUUCACAACUUCCUGAACCCGAAGCCAUUAUUUAACAAAAUGCAUCGAGAAAAAAGCAACCGAGAAGUGUCACAGAUGUUUUGUAUUUAGAUUUUAGAAUGAUGUUCCGAGAAGAAGCGCAGAAAUUCACCACAAAAAGCAUUUCUAUGGUAAAUUUAUUCUUAAAAAUUUCAAAAGAAUUAAAGUAAAUUUUAAAUUAAGAGAUGUGGUGAAUACUACAAUAUUAUCGUAAAUUAAGUUGUCAAUGAAAGAUAGUAAUGGGAAUAAGGCUUUAACACACCAAGGAAAUUUUUUUUUCAAAAAACGUAAAUAGUGUGCAAUGCUAGGCCUAACUUUUAAAUUUGAAUAUGGACACUGAAAAUCAACAAGACGAUGAACUCUUUGACUGCAGCAUUGUAAAAGAAGAAUUCAUCAUCCAAGAGCAAGAAACAGAAGUCAUUGAAAAGACUGAUGAACAGAAUGAAGAUCUUCGAGAUUUAGAGAAGAAGCCAGAAGUCGUUCAAUUUGUAAUUACUGAAGUUAAUGAAAAAAAGUAUAAAUGUAAAAUUUGUGAUAAAGCCUAUGCCAAGCCAUCGACACUCUCAGAACACUUGGUUACUCACUCUUCUGAGAAAAAUUCCAAAUGCAAUAUCUGUCCAGCAACCUUUGCGAGCGACAGAAGACUCAGGAAGCACUUUAGAGACAAACACUCAGGGGAAACCUAUCCCUGUACGAUAUGUAACAAGAUCUUCUAUGCGGCAAAUUCUCUGAGGAUGCAUCUUCAGAGGCACACGGGGGAAAGGCGGUAUGAGUGUGAUUUUUGUGGACAGAAAUUCCAAGACGGAAGUCACAGAAAUCGCCAUGUAGCAGUGGUACAUUUAGGCAAAAAACGAAAAAGCCCCAGGAACCGAUACAAGUGUGACCAAUGUGAGAAGAGUUUUAAGGAGCUGGAAAGGCUUUAUGCUUUUCAAGGAAAUAUUCAGAAAGUAAAACAAGUUUGCAAUUUAACUUUAAACAUGGACCUUCAAAGUCAGCAAGAUGUUGAAGGUGUAGAAUACAGCAUUGUUAAAGAAGAAUCCAUAAUCCAAGACCAAAUACCAGAAGUUUACAAAGAAAGCUAUGUGCAGAUUCAGAAUCCUCAAGCUAUCCAACAGACGCAGGAAAUUAUUCAAUUUGUAAUAACUGAAAUUGCUGAAAUUAGAGAAAGAAAGCAUGUAUGCAAAUUCUGUAACAAAGCCUUUACGCAGUAUUCUUCACUUUCGGAACACGUAGUCACUCAUUCUGCUGAGAGAAAUUACAAAUGCAGCCUUUGUCCAGCAGCAUUUAAGAGUGCAAAAAGACUCAAAAGGCAUACUGCAGAAACACAUUCAGAAGGAUUCUACCCAUGCACUAUCUGCAACAAGAGUUUCCCAGCAGUAAUUAAACUAAAACGGCACAUACAGAGACAUACGGGAGAACGGCGGUAUGAAUGUAGCUUUUGUGGAAAAAGAUUCCAAGACAUUAGUCACAGGAAUAACCAUGAAGCAGGAGUACAUUUGGGCAAAAAACGGAAUAGACCAGAGAGAAGAUACAAAUGUGAGUAUUGUCAGAAAAGAUUUCCGUACAAGUCUACAUUGAGUAGACAUAUAGCAGCUAUGCACGAAAACCCUGAAAGGCAAGCUCUUUGCCCAAAUCCAGAGUAACUGGAAAUGUUCAAACCCAAAUCCAAUUCUUCAGAAACAUAACAUUUCAUAAUAGAGUGGGCUAAUUCUCUGCGAGAUCAGUUACAUUGGAUUCUAGAUGAUUUGAUAAAACACAAUUAAAAAACAUCCACAGAAGAAAUAUGAAAACUUUAACGGAAAUCAACUGAUGAAAAUUCUGAAGUGAUAAUUGGGAUUCUCACCUUGCAGUUAUAUAAAAGAUUUCAAUAAAUCAACUUUACUUUCGUUAUGAAGAAAACGCAGCUACCAAAUUUAAUCUGGGUACGACAAGACACGAAGAAAUGCCUAACGGAUAAACCCAGGAUCAAGAACUGCGUUGGAUAGCAAAAGCAAACCUAGCAACACUUCAGAAGACAACAAAUAAAGUCAAUAGCACUUGACUGCAGAAAAAUAAGCAAAGAAUCCCUCGAUACUUGAUUAUAAUUAAGAGAUAUGGGAUAUCACCUAAAGCAUUGUCUAUAUCCGGAUUCAUUUUUAAAUCUUUUAAGAAUUACUUUAGGGAAAACGAAGAUGAUCGGAUAGUUUUUAAGAUUCCAAAAAACACUUCUAUAAGAAAUUGACCAAAAACUUCAUUUGGGGAUCUCGUGGAUCAGUUAACAACGUUUGCCAGCUCUUUGGCAGAUAGAUCCCUCAAUUGAUCUCUCGCAAUUGUGAGAUCAUCUACCCGGCGAAAAAACAAAUUCUGGAUGUUUCGAUGGAGAUAGCUUCAUUUAGUUAAGUCAAGUUGAAUUAUGUCGAAUUAUGAUUUGAUGGUUACUAAUAAAACAUGAUUUUUGGUAUUUCAUAA